ACUUAAGAAUAAAAUUUCAGAAUGACGUGUAACGUCGUCGUUGUCGGUAGACACAAAGCUCCAUAAUAAGACUUGACUAUUAUUAUUAUCUUCGAAAUAUCUCUCACAAACCCAAAAAGUUUCUCCGUCUUCGAUUCCGAUCACAAUGAACCCAACCCAAAAACCCGACCCGGUUUACGAUAUCGUCAUACUCGGAGCAUCCGGAUAUACCGGCAAAUACGUCGUCAGAGAAGCUCUCAAGUUCCUUCAAACACCAUCUUCUCCGUUAAAGUCUCUAGCUUUAGCGGGUCGUAACCCGACCCGUUUAACCCAAUCUCUCGAAUGGGCUGCCCGCCCGAACCCACCUCCUUCCUCUGUCGCUAUCCUCACUGCUGAUACAUCUGACCCUGAUUCACUUCGUCGUCUCUGUACUCAAACCAAACUCAUCCUUAAUUGUGUUGGACCUUUUCGUAUCCAUGGUGAUCCUGUUGUCUCUGCUUGUGCUGAUUCAGGGUGUGAUUAUUUGGAUAUAAGUGGUGAACCUGAGUUCAUGGAGAGAAUGGAAGCUAACUACCAUGAAAGAGCAGAAGAGACUGGCUCUUUAAUUGUUUCUGCUUGUGGUUUUGAUUCAAUUCCUGCUGAAUUGGGUCUUCUCUUCAAUGCUAAACAAUGGGUAUCUCCAUCGGUUCCUAACCAGAUCGAAGCGUACCUUAGCUUGGAGUCUGACAAAAAAAUUGCUGGAAACUUUGGGACUUAUGAGUCUGCGGUUUUAGGUGUUGCUAAUGCGGAGAAGCUUAAAGAACUAAGACGUUCAAGACCAAGAAGGCCAAGACCAUCGAUUUGUGGUCCUCCUGCUAAAGGACCAACACUAGAAAACCAGAAGACGAUAGGUCUUUGGGCUUUAAAGCUACCUUCAGCUGAUGCAGUAGUUGUUCGUAGAACUCUCACAACUCUAACAGAGAAACCCCAUGGGCUUCCUGGGCUUAAUGAAAGUCCUGAGCAGAUACAAAAGAGAGAAGCAUUUUGGUCAUCGAUCAAGCCUGCUCAUUUCGGUGUAAAGAUAACGUCCAAAUCUCUCUUUGGGAUAUUCCGAUAUGUUACACUUGGAGUGUCCCUUGGUUUACUUUCCAAGUUCUCCUUCGGAAGAUGGCUUCUUUUGAAAUUCCCUUCGGUUUUUAGCCUUGGUUGGUUCCAGAAGAAAGGUCCAAGUGAAGAAGAGGUAGAAAGCGCUACGUUUAAGAUGUGGUUCAUAGGUCGUGGGUACAGCGAAGAGAGUCUAGCUUCACAAGGAGAAACAAAGCCUGACCUGGAAAUUAUUACAAGAAUUUCAGGACCUGAGAUUGGGUAUAUAACCACCCCAAUAACACUUGUUCAAUGCGGUCUGAUAGUCUUGGGCCAGCGCGAAAGCCUAGUUAAAGGAGGAGUCUUCACACCCGGCAUUGUGUUUGGUUCAACCGAUAUCCAGCAGCGACUUGAAGAGAAUGGUAUAUCCUUUGAGGUGAUUUCAAAGAUCAAGACUCAAGGAUAAAAAGAGAUCUCUUCUCCUGCUUUCCUAUUCUGCUUUUAGUUGUUAUGUUUCUCCAUCUAAUUAGCUCGAGUUCGAGCUUUUUAAUCACAGUGAAGACCGUUUGAUGGUAAGUUGUAUUCCAAUAAUGAAAAACCGUUUCCUUUACUUUUACUAUGGAUUUAUGUACUCAAAACAGAGAA